AUGGCAAAGAAAAGAAUAUUGUUGGAAAAGCUUAUUAAUCUUCUGGGAGUUUCGAAUGAAGAUAAAACUAAAGAUGAAGAAGGUGGGUCGUGGUUAUGCCUUAUUUCAAGAGCAUUAUCAAACAAUUUAGUACUCAAAAGCCCGGCUACUUCGAUCGACAAUUUUGGUACCGGUGAGCAAACUUGUUGCAGCUCUAACUCCGCCAUUGACAGCAUCCGUGCCAAUCCGGACAAUGAAGCUUGUUGUAGCAUCAGUACCGCCAACGGUAGUAUUAGCAUCAGUCCCAUCGAUCAAGCUUGUUGUAGCACUACUACCAUCAACGACAACAUUGGUCAUGACAAAAAUGUUAAAGAAAUCUGCAACAAUAGUAGCAGCAGCAGUUCACCUUCGGGAACUGAAUUUGAUUCGGAUGAUUCAGUUAAAGAUAAAGAUUAUGUUCCACCUCAAAAAAAAGAAGGCAGGAUAUCCGCAAUUAUUUGA